AUGCUCGAAGCAACGCCACUGCUGCCUUUGCACGUGCAUGUGAGUCCACGGCCCGCGACGCUGCGCGCGCUUGUGUGGCACAUAUUGCAUUUUCGCGCGUCGACUUCGCAUGUUUCGCUCAUCCGGAGCUGCUCUCACUACGUGGAGCUGGGCUUGUUGAAUUUGAUUGUGAUCAACGUCCUUGUCACCGUCUAUGGCUCGGGAAGCUCAUCGCCACCAGACGCCGUCACGCGCAUCUUGGUGGUCGUUUCCACUACCGUCUUUCUUCUCGAGUACCUUCUGCGUCUCUGGUCGUGCGUCGAGGACCCUCGGUUUGACCACAGUGUAGUGCUCGGACGCCUGGCCUGGAUGCGCCGCCCCAUGUCGUUGAUCGAUCUUGUCGCGCUCGUGCCCUACGUGGUUGAAGCGAUCGCGUGCUGUAGCUCAGCGUACGACGACUACUCGCAUACACUCUUGGGCUCAAGUCAUGCUAGACUUCCGGAAGCGUCGGCGGUCGUGCAGGGCCUGCGCCUUCUGCGGGUCCUCGCCUUUCUUCGCAUCGAGCGGUCGUACGAUGCUGUCAAGCGUCUUCGGAUCAUCUUUCGCAAGAAGCGGCACGAGCUCUUUGUGAUCACAUACCUCACGGGCGCCGUCAUCCUUCUCUCCGGCACCACCAUCUUUUUUCUCGAGCAAAACGCGCAGCCCGACGUCUUUUCCAGCAUGGGCGUUGGCGCGUGGUGGGCCGUCGAGACCAUCACGUCGCUCGGGUACGGAGAUGCGGUGCCCAUCACGGUUGCCGGCCGCAUCUUUGCGUCCGUCGUCGCGCUCUGGGGCAUCGUCCUCUUUGCGAUCCCAGGUGCCCUCCUCGGCAGCGGCUUUGUCGAGGUCAUGCUCAAGCACCAAACCGCCAAGGAGCGGCGCGCCAACGCAAUGUGGCUGCAGCACGCAUGCACGCAGCUGCACGUGCCGCUAUUUUCCGAACUGGACCUACCGCCACGCAGUGAGAGCUCGCUGACAUCGUCGCCCACCCACUACGAGCGCAUGGCCGAGACACAGGAGCGGUUGGUGCUGCAGCUACACGUCCAGCAAGUCCAAAUCGAGCGCAUUUUGGCGCUACUAGAGGCAACCCAGACCAAGUAG